CGCUUCUUGUUAGUACUCAGUCACAGUAAGUAUCAGAGCAAGACGAUGGCCACCUGUUGGAUUGUGAACUAUGUAUCGUGGAGCCUUUUCUUCAUUUCUCUGAAAGAUCUUGUGACUGGGGAGGAAUGCUAUAGCUGUUCAUCCUAUACAGUGAAGUUUGAUACGGAUAACAUACUGGGAAGCAUCGUAAGCACCCCAAUAAAUAAUGCCCUGGCGAAACUUCCCACAGACGAAGAUUGUGAGGCAAGCCGAAUCGCCAGUCUUGGCACGACAUCUUGUAAUGGAGGAUGUGAGAAGGCUAAUGUGACGAUGCAUUUCAAUGUUCAGUUUUUGGGCGAACACAGAGUUUCGGUAAGAACAGUGUCACGUGGUUGCGCAAAUGACGCCAGUGCCGGAAGUUCAGUUUUAAUCAGUGACAACGGCUGCCGCAAGCCGGCGGGUAAAGAUGACUUGUUUCCAGGGGCAGAUGCAGUCUUCAAAAUCUUAGAGUCCGUUGGGGCGCCUACCUUGGAUCGCCAGGCUGGAGAAGAAUGUGUGUGUCGUGGAAACCUCUGCAACAGUUCGACGUCAUUGUUUGCCUGUGGAAUAUUACUGGCAAGCUGUCUUUUUUUGACUGCAGCUUUGAAGAGCGUCCUCUAGUGACAGCGUUUAUCAAGUGACUUCGUGCAGUGUGUUUUUGCAAAUAGCCUAAAAGGACAUGCGAUUUAAUUCCCACGUAGACGUUGCAUAAUGAGAGCAUAAUGCUUGAACUUUAUUAACAUUUUUGUUUUUUUGUGAGUGUGAGAUUGAGAUGUCCUUUCCAUGUUGGGAGGAGGAUUGUGGACAAAGUGAAAUGGCCGACUCCCUUCAUUUCUUGUAGAGUGUGUGUGUGUGUGUGUGUGUGUGUGUGUGAGAGAGAGAGAGAGAGAGAGAGACGCUAUCAGUAUUAGUCGGUAUUUUUUGUGGUGAACUCUUAAGUGACUGCUGGACAGUCGAGAGUGUGCCACAUGGAGCCUAGACCCUAUUCCCAUUGAUAACAUUAGUCUAAGCUCCAUGACAUUCAGUUAAGCUGAUUGCUCUAGCGAGAAUCCCCGCAGUUGAGUCGAUCCAGGUAGACCGAUGAUGUCUAUGGGAAUGGGAUCUUAACCUUAGCCAUAUUGUAUUCAAAAUAUUUUCUGUUUACCACCGGGUCUGUGAAAUCCAUUUGAAACCUGGUCACCAUACCUUGCCUUUUUGUCAAGGAAUUCAUUCAACUCACUUUCAUCCGUUUGUGUUAAUCAUACUCUGUAAGAUGUAACGCACUUUUUUUUAUUCAAAUAGAGAUAUUGUAUAUGGUAAAAUACUCAGUUACAUUAAUUCAGGUGACAUUUUGUUGGAUUAUUCUUCAUAUAUAGUUGAUUUUCAAAUUAAAUAAAAAAUAUAUAAAUUA